CUGCUCCUUUUACAGAUCGUUGCAAAAAGUCAGGUUAAGCAGACAACAUGCCUGGCCUUGGGUGCCGGAAUCUACCAACCUCGGUUUGGCAGACACAUCCUAGCCCAAGCUGCGACGAGACUGAGAAGUCAGCGAGAGAUUUCGUCUUUCCGCCUUCAGUAUAACUUUGUACAGAGAGCUGCGGUGUUGGGGAUUACUGCAUUUGAUUACGGAAGUUUUGGAGUUGUGUUGGUGCUUCAGCCCUUCUUCUAGUUUGAGCUCACUGUCAGGUGAUGUUUUGAGACUCCAUUUGAUGUUUAGCAGAAAUUGGGGUUCAAUAACCCAGCGCUUCUUUUCUACGGCAGGCUCAUGGGCAACCGCCACGAGGUGGUGAACUAGCGCCAGGUCAUUCGCUAGCUCCGACUGUUUUAUCAUACAUAGGCUGUAGGAGUCUCUCAAUAUUACAAGUUUUGAAGAUACAAUUUUACAGACAUCAGCAAAAAUGGAGGCAGACAGUUCGUCACAUCGUGUUCGUCAUACUACUGGCGUCAGUCCCCCCGCCUCGUAUCCUCCUGGCACUGGAUUUGCAACUGGGCGCAUAUCGUUAGGUGAGGUUGAUGUUGUGCAAGUGGCAACAUUUGAGGAAGUAUGGAGUGCCCUUGAGGGCGGGGUGGAGAAUAAGGGUGCCACCUUCUACAGGCCAGUUGAGGUUCCGGCUGGGUAUAGUAUUCUAUGUCACUAUGCACAAAACAAUUCAAGACCUAGAGCUGGGUGGAUACUUGCUAUAAAAGAAAAUGGGAGUCCGCCUGCAACAAUACCGCCGUCGUCAUCACCACCAUCUUCAGCGUCGUCGUCGCCUUCGCCACCAUCAUCACCUAAGUCUUUCGCCGACCGUCUCAAUCCGUUUGCGGGUCUGUCAUUAGUUUCGAAGGAGGAUGCAGCUUCGGACAUCUACAAUCCGCUUGUGGGGGUACAUCUAACCGCAAGCGAAGCUGCAGUUGAAGCUGUAGAGGAAAAUAUCAAUCCAUUUGCUCGUGUAGCUGUAGUUCGGAACACAACUGUAACCGAAACUGCACAGGUAGACAAAACCUCUGACGUAGUGACAUCUUCUUCCGCUUUGAAAAGCCCAGUGGAUUUUAGGCUGAUCUGGAGUAGUUCUAACUGGAAGGGAAAGAAAAAUGGAGAUGUUUGGGUCUGGUUGCCAGUUGCUCCAGAAGGAUACUCGGUACUUGGAUAUAUAACAACUAAUACUGAGAAAAAACCUGCUACAUCAGAAGUGACCUGUGUCCGCACCGAUCUCACGGACACCUUGGCAGUACAUCGUAAAUUCUUCACCACAAGUGGCACAACCAAAUCCGAGUUUGGUUUUCCUUUCAGCACUUGGACCACGAGACCUGCUGUCAGAGGAGUGAGUUCUGCAGGUGUCAACGUUGGCAGCUUCUUCUGUGCCCGAUCUGACGACGCAGAGACUGAUCUUCCAAUUGCCUGCCUCAAAAACGUAGCAUUCAGUCUGGAUUACAUGCCCACAAUGGAACAAGUGAAGACCAUACAUCAGUUCUUUGGGCCCACAGUGGUCUUCCAUCCAGCCGAGACAUUUCUCCCCAGUUCUGUUGCCUGGUUCUUCGACUCAGGUGCAAUGUUGUACAGCAAGGACUCCUCUAUUCCACCUGUUCGUAUUAAAAGUGACGGUUCAAAUUUGCCUACCGGAGGAACCAACGAUGGUGCGUUUUGGAUAGAUCUUCCCGAAGAUGGGAGCAGAGACUCAGUGAAGAUGGGGAAUUUGGAGUCUGCCGAGGCGUAUACUCAUCUUAAACCGGUUUACGGGGCCACAUACACCGACCUUCAAAGCUGGCUUUUCUUUCCUUUCAAUGGACCUAGUACUGCCAAGGUGGGAAAGAUCAACAUUCCCCUCGGACGUAUGGGAGAGCACGUCGGCGACUGGGAACAUUACACGCUACGAGUAAGCAACUUCACCGGAGAAUUGGAGGCAGUGUACUUCUCUCAACACAGUAAGGGCGAGUGGGUACUAGCCUGGGACCUUGAGUUCAACUCCGCCAACAAGCCCCUCGUGUACGUUGCCAAAAGUGGCCACCCCUGUUAUCCUCACCAAGGCGAUCACCUUCAAGGAGAUCAGGAGCACGGAGUUGGACUGCGCAACGACACAGCUCUCAGCACCCAUUUGCUCGACUCCUCAGUGAAGUUUCGGGUAUUCUCCGCCGACUACAUGCAUCAAAGGGGUGAUCCAGACGCGCCGGUCGAGCCGACCUGGCUGCACUACAUGCGUCCAUGGGGUCCCAAGAUUGUAUAUGAUAGAAAGAAGAAUGUGACUAAGAUGCUGGGCCUCAUGCCUACAAUGCUCCAUGGCUCCCUGGGAGACGUGCUAGGUAAGCUUCCGCACGAAGUCAUGGGGCAAGAAGGUCCCACAGGACCCCGAGAGAAGAACAUGUGGUUCGGUGACGAGAGGAGCUAGCGGCUACUAAUUCUGCUGCCAAUUGUUUUUUCUCUUUAGAAAACCAAAUCCAGAUUCUUUUGUGCAAUACUGUUCUCCUCUGUUUGUUAGAUUUGUACACUACGAACCUUUUUCCUUCUUUUUCAGUAUGUUUGUGCUUCUUAUAUAAAGAUUUGUUACGCAAACAUUGAACAAUCUGCAAUUUGGGCAUCGAAGUAGAGUUUCGACACGCCAAGCAUUUUCAAUGACGUUGAGAACCCAUUUGUUGGUUUUUAGAUUGGUUUUUGUUUACGCCACAUGUUUUUGAUAGCAUAUUGAACGAAAAUGCCUUGGAACAUGAUGAAUUUCCUAUUAA